AUGACAACCACCUUCCCCACCUCCCCCACCCCCUUCGCCGAGCCCCCCUACCUCUCCGACCUCCCCUCGCCCUACCACACGCCCUCGCACCGCAGCUGGCAGCGCGCCAUCCGGACCUUCAUCGAAGAAAACCUCCUCAAACAUGCCUUCGAAUGGGACGCGCAGGAGACGGUGCCGCCGCACGUCUUCGAGACCUUUGCCAAAGCCAACAUGCUGGUGCCAAACCUGCCCGCACCGCUGCCGGUCGAGUGGCUGAGGAAGUUGGGGCUGGGAGAGCUGCUCGGGGGCGUGAAGGUGGAGGAAUUCGACUAUCUGCACGGGGCGAUUUACUGCGAUGAGAUGGCCCGCGCCGGCAUCGCCGGGCCCUCGGGCUCCCUCACCGUCGGCAUGGCCUUCGGCGUGCCGCCCAUCAUCAAGUUCGGCUCCCCGGCCCUCCAAGCCCGCUUCCUGCCGGACCUCCUCACCGGCCGCGCCCGCGCGUGCAUCGCCAUCACCGAGCCCGACGCCGGCUCCGACGUCGCGCGCAUCACGACCACGGCCGUCAAGUCCGCCGACGGCAGGCGCUACGUCGUCAACGGCACCAAGAAGUGGAUCACCAACGGCAUCUGGAGCGACUACGCCGCCAUGGCGGUGCGGACGGGUGGCGAAGGGCCGGGGGGGCUGAGCAUGCUCGUCGUGCCGUUGAAGGGGGAGAAGGGGGUGAGCAUGCGGCGGUUGAAGGUGGGCGGGCAGGUCAGCGCGGGGACGACGUUUAUCGAGUUGGAUGACGUGGAGGUGCCGGUGGAGAAUUUGAUUGGGGAGGAGGGGAUGGGGAUGAGGUAUAUUAUGACAAACUUCAACCACGAGCGCCUCACCAUCGCCAUCUCCACCACCCGCUACGCCCGCGUCGCCGUCGCCUCGGCCAUGGACUACGUCCUGCGCCGCGAGGCCUUCGGCGCCCCCCUCGUCGAGCAGCCCGUCGUCCGGCACCGGCUCGCCAAGGCCGGCGCCGAGCUCGAGAGCCUGCAGGCCUGGGUCGACCAGUUCGUCUACCAGAUGACGCGCCUCUCCAAGGCGGACGCCGACGCCCGGCUCGGCGGCCUCACCGCCCUGGCAAAGGCCCGCGCCGGCAUCGUCUUCGACGAGUGCGCCCGCUGUGCCGUGCUGCUGUUUGGCGGCAACGGAUACACCAGGACCGGUCAGGGCGAGAUCGCCGAGAGGAUUUACCGCGAGGUGCCCGGACAGAGGAUCCCGGGAGGAUCGGAAGACGUGCUGCUCGAUCUGGCCAUACGGCAGCUGGUCAAGAACUACAGGAAGCAGACAAAGGCUCUAGAGCGGCCGAGCGGGUCGUCGAAACUCUAG